CCUAAAUCAGUUCAAAACACCCUCUUUCUUCCUCCAUUUUCGAGCUCCAAAGGUUUUAGAGAGAGAGAAACUUCAAAUCUUCAUAUCUUCUUCAUUUUAGCUCCAAAUUAUGUCUGGAGGAAGACGUGACGAUCCCAUUUUCGAGGAGCCACCACUAGGACGGGAAGACCCGCCACCUCAGCCUGAUAUCCCAUUUGCUACUAUUGCUGAUCGCAGACGCUUCCAGGCAUGGGGGCAAUACCGCACACUCCUUCCUCCCAUGAUCCUGGACCCGACGAUGCUAGAGGAAUGGGGGUACUGGGAUGAGAUUGAUUCCCUGCUAGGAGACUCUUUAUGGCGGAGGAUUCUAUUCGUUCAGGAGAGGGCCAGCCUUCCAUUGACGAUGGAGUUUCUGUGCUCCGUUCAGUUCACUCAUUACGGACAGGCUGUGCAGGAGGGUGCUGUUAUUGGGUCAGAGUCUCGGAUGAGGUUUACUAUUCUAGGCAUGGAGCACUCCAUCACUGUGGCUGAGCUCGGAUGGAGGAUGGGGCUCUAUACCCCAGCAUACACACAGACUGAGGAGUUCCGUGCUCUUCCGACCCGCUUACCCGAGGCAUUUGACAUUGAUGAGUUCUGGCACAGACACUCCACAGACACCAGAUCAUUUCUCCGGAUGCACCCCCAUUCGAACAAAUGGAGGGCGACUCACUGGUACAUACUCUCGUUCGUACUUUCUUGUGGUUUUUUUGGACGACCUAACAACACAAACAGGUUGUCCAAAAAGGACAUACUAUUCUUUUGGAGUUUGAUUCACCGCAUCCCGGUGAAUAUGGCUGUCCUUAUGGCUCGUUUCUUCCGGAGCCAGGGGAAGACUGUGCGGCGCACUAUCCAGGCAGGGCCUUUCAUCACUACUCUCGUUAGAUCAUUCUACCCAGAUCUAGACAUUCCAGGACUAGUGCACUUACAGGAUAGCAUCCGCCUUCUCCGAUCCUCAUCCUUUACCAACAUGAGGAUCAAGAAGAAGCGGAACACUCAGGAGCUCCCAGGUAUUGAGCAGCCGACCCAGCAGAGUAGUUCUUCUCGACCCUCAGGACAUGAGGGAUCUAGCGAGCCCUUUUCAUACAUGCCUAGCGCCGCAGAUUGGAGAGCGAUGAUGGAUGGGAUGAGGAGUCUACAGACCUCAGUCUCAGAGAUGCGGGUUGCACAGGACAGAGGAUUCCAGGAGAUGCGAGAUGCGCAUGAGACGGCCCUGGGAGAGUUCAGAGACUUUCGAUUAGCUCAGGAGAGAGCCACCCGGGAUAUGCAGGCGGAGCUAGAGACCCAGAGGCUAGAUAUUGAUGAGAUGAGAGAUUGGCUUAGGCCACACUAUGGCCCUCGGGAUUACGCAGGCGAUGCUUAGUUUUGCUUCUUCCUUAACAUUUUUUAUUGUGUUUGUUUGUUUCUUCAGGUUGGACAUUGCGCUGCUCUUUUGACUUGAAUGCUCUUACAAACUGACUAUGAAUGAUGUAAGGAUUUUAAAAAAACCAUUUUACUCCUGUUUCAUUAUUCCUCUUCACAAAAUCUUUUCAAAACUC